AUGUCGGACACGAAGUCCCACGAAGAGGUGCAUGAAGAGGUUCAUGGCAUCUCGACUGCGGUGGAUGAUACCCCUCAGGUCAUUGCUGGGUAUGGUGAAACUGCCAAGCGGGCGGGCGCUCAGACUAAGGAAGUUCGCAAUGCGGAGCUCUUCGCUGCUAUUGAAGAGACCAAGAUCGAGAAGUGGAGCAAAACAUCUAUUCAUCUUUACUUCUGUAUUUUCGUUUCUUUCCUUUGCGCCUGCGCGAAUGGAUAUGAUGGAUCACUCAUGGGAUCCAUCCUUGCCAUGGACCACUGGCAAGCGGUUUUCAAAGCGGGGAUGACUGGCGAGAAGGUGUCCGUGGUCACAUCUCUCUACACGGUUGGAUCCAUCAUCGCAACCCCAUUCAGUGCAGUCAUCUCAGACAAGCUCGGUCGGCGCAAGUGCAUGUUCGUUGGUGCUUGGGUCAUCAUCAGCGGCUCCAUCAUCAUCUCAACCGCCAUGAGCUUGCCUCAAUUCGUCAUCGGUCGAUUUAUCCUCGGAGUUGGAAUCCAGAUUAUGGUUGUCUCGGCUCCGGCCUAUGCCGUUGAGAUUGCUCCGCCGCAUUGGCGCGGUCGCGCUGUCGGCUUUUAUAACUGCGGUUGGUUCGGUGGUAGUAUCCCCGCUGCUGCGAUUACCUACGGUUCGAACUUUAUAGGCAAUAACUAUCAGUGGCGCAUUCCAUUCAUCUGCCAGUGUUUUGCUUGUGUCUUGGUCAUUUUCUUCGUGUGGUUCAUUCCCGAGUCGCCCCGUUGGCUGCUGACACAGGGCCGCGAGCAAGAAGCAUACGCUUUCCUGAUCAAGUACCACGGUAAUGGAGACCCGAAUGCUCGUCUUGUUCGCCUUGAGAUUGAAGAGAUGAAGGAAGGUAUUCGCAUUGACGGUAUCGAUAAGCGAUGGUGGGACUACCGGCCUUUCGUCACUACGCACAGCGGCCGUUGGCGUUUCGGUCAGGUUAUCAUGAUCUCCGUCUUUGGACAGUGGUCUGGUAACGGUCUCGGAUACUUCAAUCCGACAAUCUACAAAACCCUUGGAUACGAAUCGAGCUCGAUCCAACUCCUGUUCAACCUGAUCAACUCCAUCGCGUCGGCCAUUGGAGCUGGAAUCGCAGUCUGCCUGACUGACAAGAUGCCGCGUCGCCCGGUUCUCAUCUGGGGUACACUAGGCUGUGCAAUUACAAUGGCCAUUAAUGCCGCCAUUUCGGUUCCCAUCGCCGAGCACGGCUCCAUCAGCAAGAGCAAGGGCCAGGCCGCCUUGGCAUUCUACUAUUUAUUCAACGUCGUCUUCUCGUUCACCUAUACACCCCUGCAGGGUGUUGUCCCCACGGAGGCAUUGGAGACCACCACUCGCGCCAAAGGUCUGGCGCUGUCGGGCUUCAUAGUCAGCUCGAUCGGGUUCAUCAGUCAGUUUGCGUCGCCGAUUGGCCUGGGUAACAUUUCCACCAACUAUUUCUGGAUCUUCGUCGGCUGGGAUCUGGUUGAAGCGGUGUUCUGGUACUUUUUCUGUGUUGAGUCUCAAGGACGAACUCUCGAGGAGCUGGAGUGGGUGUACCAGCAGCCCAACCCGGUCAAGGCAUCGCGGAGCCUGGACAAAGUGGUUGUUCAGGAGGAUGGUACUGUUACUGAGAAAAUUGAAGUUGACGCUUGA